AUGGACGGCUUCAGCGAGGAAAGUCUCAGGAAGUUCUUCCCCACCAGCUUUGGCAAGCAGGAAAAGUCAGUCGACGUCGAUGCCCAGAUCGAUAGCUCCAAGCGCAAAGAGGUUUCAGUGAAACCGCCCGCAGGACAGGCAGGGAGCGAACUAAAUGCACCCGAAACAGCUGGCGUUGCCGACUCGGAGAACAAGCAAGAUCAGUCCAGUCGCAAAGGCGACUCUGACUCUGAUGAUGAUUCGGACGACUCCGAUGACGAGGAUGAGUUUCCGGUGUCGCAUGAGAUGGUUAUAAAGACGCACGACCGCGCCGUGACAACCAUGACCGUGGAUCCCUCGGGCGCGCGACUAAUAACAGGUUCUACCGAUUGUACCCUCAAGCUUCAUGACUUUGCCUCCAUGACGCCCUCGACCAUCCGCGCAUUCAAGUCCGUCGAUCCCUCGGAGAAGAAACAAUCCGCGGCACAAGACACCCAUGCGGUGCACUACGCAGCGUUCAACCCGAUCACUCCGGGCUACGUUCUUGCGGUUACGGCCACAGCCCAACCUCGAGUCCUUGAUCGUGAUGGUGACACCUUGGUCGAAUUCGCCAAGGGUGACAUGUACCUGCGCGAUCUUCACAAUACCAAGGGACAUAUCGCUGAAGUAACCAGUGGAGCAUGGUGCCCAUCUGAUGAGAACCUCUGCGCUACAGCUGGAUACGAUGGGACAGUCCGUAUUUGGGAUGCCAACGUGGGCCGUUCGCAAAAGGAUGUGAUUGUGUAUAAGUCUAAAGUCGCAGGAUCCGCUGGUCGGACCAAGAUGACGGCUGUCACCUGGGGCUCACAAAAACAAGGAAGCUCCGAUAUCCUGGUGGCUGCCGCUCUUGAUGGCACCUUGGUUAUGUACAACGGUAAAGGCCCGUUCCAUCGGCCUGUCGCUGAAGUGCGAGAUGCUCACACUCGGGAUACCUGGACCAGUGGGUUGGAUAUCAGCUCCGAUGGGCGGCUUGUUGUCAGCCGAGGUGGAGACGAUACGAUCAAGCUGUGGGAUACCAGGAAGUUUAAAUCUCCUGUCAAUACUGUCACUCAUACAUCAACUUCUUUCCGCUAUCCCACGUCGAAUAUCCAAUUCUCGCCGUCCUCUGCGAACAUCAUCACUGGUUCAGAGACUGGUCAUUUGCACAUCCUCAACCCAGGUACUCUCAGGCCCGAGCUGGUCUCCCCCGUUACGCCUGGGUCUCCCUUGAUCUCCGUCCUAUGGCAUGAGAAGUUGAAUCAAAUCCUGACUGGGUCCGCCAACGCUGAAACACAUGUUCUCUACAACCCGACCAUGUCGACCAAAGGGCCCCCCAAGCGCCGCCACCUGGAUGACGACCCAACUUUCACAACUGGUCUUUCACACAGUAUGGCCGGGGACUCGGUAGUUAUUGGUUCCAACGGUGUGCCCCAUUACAGUGCAGCAACCUGGUCUGCCCGUCACCCGAAUGUCGGAUUGACAGCGUCUGGUCGUUCUCGAGACCCGCGUCGUCCCCACGUGCCCCAGGUCACUCCUUUCGCCAAAUCUCAGCCUGAUGAGAAGCAUAUUCGUGAAAACAUUCCUCUUAGUUCCAUGCGGGAUGAGGAUCCCCGCGAGGCACUCUUGAAGUAUGCCGACAAAGCCGAGAAGGACCCCAUCUUCACCAAAGCAUAUAAGGAAACCCAACCAAAUGCGAUCUACGCAGAUCUGAGUGACGACGAAGAUGGAGGCCCAGAGAAGAAAAAAGCCCGACGAUAA